UACACCCACUUUGUCUGCGUCCCGCUGUGCCUCGGCGACGACGGCGAUCGACUGGUCGCCACGGUGCGAGCGUUCCACCGGGACGUGCUCUCGUCAGCGUACGCCGCCGAUUGCGACAUCGAACCGUCCAUCGCCCACGAGCCCGGUCACGCGCACCUGACGCUGUGCAUGCUCAAGCUCUACAGCGACGAAGCGAGGGCGAGGGCGAUCGGCGCGAUGCGCGCGAUGGAAGUCGCGCUGAAAGACGCGGGCGUCGUCGGCGGUGAUCCAUCGGCGGAACCCAUCGAGCUGGAGGUUAAGGGCCUCGACGCCAUGAACUCCGACUUUUCCGCGGUGGACGUGUUGUUCCUGAAGGUGAGGGAGGUUGGGAGUCGUGACCGGGUCAAAAAGGUGUGCGAAACAGCCGUUCGACACUUUGCCGACGCCGGGUUGCUCUCCCGAAAGGACGCGAACAAGCCGGUGAAGCUCCACGCGACGGUGAUGAACACGCGGCUGCGAAACAGAGGUGGGGGGAACGGAGGGGGUAACUCGCGUAGGCGACCGUUCGACGCGAGGCGCGUGAUGGCGUCGCACGGCGAUCUCGACUGCGGGGUUGUCACCGUCGAGACGGUGCACCUGUCCAAGCGGGGCGAGUACGAC